GCGGGUGGGGGGACCCCGGGAGCGCCGCGUCCGCCUCGGAGCCGCCGGGGGGGGGGGCGCGCGGCGGAGCGCAGUCCACGUGCGUCCGCGCCACGUCGCGGGCCCCCCGCGCCUGAGCCCCCCGGGGAGCAGCUGCCCCGCGCGCGCCCCGAACUAGCCAGCAACUUCGCGCGAAGUUUGGCAGCGCCCCUCUCGGCUCGCACGCCGCGCGCCGGGCCCGCGGAGGGCGGCGGCGGCCCCCGGGGAUGCGCCCGCCCGGCCGCCGCGGGGUCCCCACGGCGCCCCCCGCGCUGCUGCUGCUGCUGCUGCUGCCGCCGCUGCUCGUGCCGCUGCUGGGGGCGCCGCGCGGCGUGAGCGCGGGGCCGGGCGCGCCGGCGGAGCUGCGGGUCCGCGUGCGGCUGCCCGACGGCCAGGUCACCGAGGAGAGCCUGCAGGCGGACAGCGACGCCGACAGCAUCAGCCUGGAGCUGCGCAAGCCCGACGGCACCCUCGUCUCCUUCACCGCCGACUUCAAGAAGGACGUGAAGAUCUUCCGAGCCCUGAUCCUGGGGGAGCUGGAGAAGGGGCAGAGUCAGUUCCAGGCACUCUGCUUUGUCACCCGGCUGCACCACAAUGAGAUCAUCCCCAGCGAGGCCAUGGCCAAGCUUCGACAGAAGAACCCACGGGCAGUGCGGCAGGCUGAGGAGGUGCGGGGCCUAGAGCAUCUGCACAUGGACAUCGCCGUGAACUUCAGCCAGGGGGGCCUGCUGAGCCCCCAUCUCCGCAACGUGUGUGCCGAGGCCGUGGAUACCAUCUACACCCGCCGGGAGGACGUCCGCUUCUGGCUGGAGCAAGGUGUGGACAGCUCUGUGUUUGAGGCUCUGCCGGAGGCCUCGGAGCAGGUGCACCUGUCCCGCUGCGGGCAGGUGGGGGAUGGCGCGAAGCCCUGUGUCUGCCGCUACGGCCUGAGCCUGGCCUGGUACCCCUGCAUGCUCAAGUACUGCCACAGCCGUGACCGGCCGACCCCCUACAAGUGCGGCAUCCGCAGCUGCCAGAAAAACUACAGCUUCGACUUCUAUGUGCCCCAGCGGCAGCUGUGUCUCUGGGAUGAGGACCCCUAGCUGGGCUGGGGUGAAAGGGGGCCGUCUCUGAGUUCGCCGCUCUGGGUCCACCGCCCUUCCCCCAGCCACUGGAGGGGGUGGCCGCCCCCCAACUGAGGCCUUAUCUCCCUUCUCGUCCCUUGAUCCCGGAGCCUCUGGCCCCAUCACUCAAGACUGUGAAAAGGGGUGUGGCAUGGCAGGGGUUAACUCAUGAAGGCAGCCCCCACUCCCACCCUGUGCCUCCCUUGGGGACAGAGAGAAGGAAGGGGGUCCUCCAGAUGUGUCCCCCUCCCCUUCAUCUCCCCUGAAGUGUUCUCUUUCAAGCAAACAAAAUGUGAUGGCCCGUGAUUCUGUUGAACUCUUCGAAGGUUUAGACCCUAAAAGGUGUCUGUGCCUGUUACACCGACCUCCCCCCCGCCCCCCCCCCACACACACGCACCCCCACUCCCCCAUCUGGAAGGAGCUGGCCCCUCUGCACCAUCAAAUGCCCAACGAGGAGGGGACCACGUCCCAGCGAGGGGGCCGUCGGGGACCAUUGCCAUAGCCCCUCCACCAGAUUACAAUGCACUCUGCUCAUUGCUGUCCUCCCAACACUGGGGCAGGUGAGGGCCUCCCAGCCCGGACACAAACCACGUGUGCCUUUCCCCAGACCCAGACUCUGUUGGGAGAGCAGGUCCCAGCUUCCCUCCUCGAGACAGAAAUAUUUUUUUGUAAAGUUCUGGGGCGGGGGGGGGGGAGCACGAAGUAUGAGGAAAACUUGAAUUCCAGAUUUUUAAUGCAAAGUAUUUAUCAUUUGUACCAGAAAUAAAAGUUUAAAUUUUUAUU